GACGCCGCCGCGCGCGCCGCGAGUUCGGUGGGAGAAGCGCGGCACCGGCACCGGGCCCGUGCAGAGACCCCGCAGCGGCACCGGCACCGCCGAGACAGCCCCGGCACCGGCACCGCCGAGACCCGCCCCCCCGGCACCCGGACCGGGACUGGGACCGCCCAGAGACCCCCGGCCCGGGACCGGCCCCCCGCGCCAUGGCGGGCGGCACGGCGGGGCCCCGGCGGCGGCCGAUGGCCUUGGCCGAGGCGGGUCCGGGCACGGAGAACGAGCGGCUGGGGUUGAUCCGGCUCAGCAUGCUGCGCAACCCGCUCAUCAUCAAGCCAGAACUUGGAAAGCCCAUGAGAAACUGCUACUCCCUGCCAGGCCCUGGUUUUACCUAUGGAAUACACAUGCACAAGAGAGAUGGAGGAGUCCCUGAAGCCAUAGGCCACUGGGAUUCAGUGAAGGCCAAGCCUCGUAAAAGGAUCAUGCCCCGAGACUUCGUGGCCAUGGGCCGUGCGGCUGUGGAUGAAGGCUGCACCACAGCCCGCCAGUUUGCUCUCUACUACAAGUACACGGACAUCCGCUGCAAAGACAAGGGGAUUCUCAGAUAUGGGGGCAAGGUGCCUCCAGGCAUGACUUUCGGCAGGCCACCACGGCCUUCCACUCCCUUUUUUGACCUCAUGCAACACAGAUACAAGGAACUGUGGAUGGAGGAGCAGAGAGCCCGGACUGUUGUCCAGCACGUGGUGAAGAAAAAGAUCGGCGAGGUGCGCGGGAACCGCACCACGUUCCUGCGCACGCACCCGCGGCCGGUGAAGGAGGAGUCCUUCUGGCACCCACAACGCUUCGAGAAGGUUGAGCCUCAUCUCAGGACUUUUCCAGACCCUGAAUCCCGCAAAAAGGCUCUCAGUGCCUCCCACUGAGGAGUGCCUGUGAGCUGUCCCCUUCCCAGAGGGCCCCCACAGCAAGGACGGUGCUGGGCACAGCCCUUGGACCCUGGGAUUCCACAUGCAACAGACUUUCUCUCAGGUUUUACAGAGUUAUGCUAAUGCAGAUAUAGCCAAAUAAAUCAUAAAAAUAAGAGGAACAA